GUCUCAUUGUUGACACCAAGGCGAUUGUGCAAUUUUCCGAAGAACCUCUCUGUCAAGCGCUAAGGUUGAAGUAUUUAGCGUCCACUAAGGCUCGUUCCGCCGGAAGGCGGGGGGAGGGUAGUGUAAAUAUCUGAGUCUUACAUAUAAGUGUUCAUGAAGUCUGGAGUACCAUUCAUCAUUAGGAUUCUGGAGUGUUUACAGUAAAGAUGUUUUACAAAUUAAUAUGCGUGUGUUUGGUAGCGAGGUGCGUUCAGGCGGCGCCGGCACAGGGCGACACGCCACCGGAAAAGCAGCAGCCGACAGUGAUCCCAAUUGUUUCGCAAUCAGACGAAUUGGAGCCAAAUGGCACUUACAAAUUUAGCUAUGAAACUGGCAAUGGGAUCAAACGUGAAGAAACGUCGUACGAUAAGGUUUUACCAAAGUCGGACAGGAAAGGAAAGUCGGACAGCAGCAAUGAAGGAGGCGAGAGUGACAGUGAUGAGAGCAAUGAGAUCCACGUGCAACAGGGAUCAUACUCGUAUACAGCCCCCGAUGGCACGCUCAUUUCUGUGAGAUACAUCGCUGACGAAAAUGGUUUCCGACCCAUCGGUGACCAUAUACCCAGAGUUCCUUCUCCGAGCUCCGACAGCUCUAGCGAAAAACAAUCGGCAGAUAGCGCUAGUUCCGGAUCUGCACCAGAGCCGUCGAAAUCUGAACCACAAGCACGCGACACUCAACCAUCGGAACGUGCCCCUGAGACUCCUGAAACGCCUGAAAACCCUUCAGACAGUGCCACGACUGAUUCCAAUAAACCAGCACCAUCAGAAGAAUCAUCCACUCCCUCACCGUCUUCAUCAGCAGCUAACGACGCUGCUUCGACUACAAAUUCUGCUGAGCCGUCUUCGACUACUGCUCCUGAAGUACAAUCAACUACAAAUUCAGAAUCUUCAACAGCAGCACCGGAAAGUUCUAGUGCUGAUAUAACACCAAGUGAAGUUGACGCUUCUUCAACACCCGUAUCUGACGCAUUAUCAACAGAGUCAUCAUCUGAAGCUGCAUCAACUGCCAAUGCUGCUACCACCCCUGUAUCUGAAGAAUCAUCAUCUCCUGCUGAAUCAAGCGCCAUAGACGCUUCAACGACUGAAGCCGCGAAUACCACCCCUGCUGUUUAAGUUUACUUGACUUGAUUGGAUUAAGCUUUAAUAUGACUAGGGUAAAAUAAUAAAAUUGUGCCAUCUUCUAAUUACCUGUAAUCUUAUAGGCUCUAUUUGGAAUUAUCUUUAAUGCCAAGUAAUUAUAUCUGUAAGGUCUUUUCGACUUGAGCCUAUACAUUUCUUUAUAAUUUUCAAUCAAAACUGCUUCUUUAAUUUUAAUGUUUAUAACUGCUUUUUAAUGGGCAAUAGAGUACUAUCUUAUAUAAGUUAUUUUAUAAACAAUAAAAAGGCAAUGUGAUAUUUACUAUUGAAAUUGGUAUAAUAAUUAUAUUGAAAUUUUAUAAAUUAUAUACUUAACUACCUUACAGUUGUUUUAAAACUUAACAAGAAAAGAUAAUAGAUUACUUAGGUAGGUAUGUAUUAUUUCUUGUCUUUGUUCGUUUACAUUAAAACUUGAAUUUCUAAACUGCUGAAUAAUAAGAUUUAAUACGUACUGGUAAUUGUUUAAACUAAAAUUUAUUUUCUAUUCUGAACGAAUACCAUUCUAGAACUAACACUAAAUCAAGAAAAAAUGUUAUUUGGUAUUUGUUAGAAAUAGAAAAAAAUUGAGUAAAAACAAACACAUUUUGUUGUUAUGAGAUUGGAGUUAAUCAGUGCCUGUAGGCAUCUAGCAUGACGAUUGACCUAAAGACGACCGUUAUCUAUCUGUAGUCAGAUUAGACGUAAGCAGUCUAGCAGAUUCUCAUGUUGUUUCCAUAUAUUGAAAAUAAUAGAUGAUGAAAAUACUCGUAACCGUAUAUAAAACCCAGAUUAUUUUAAAAAAUAAGGGCAUUCGUCUUCAAUGAUGAUAUAUGUGUAUAGACAACCAAGGAUAAAAUCGUGCGACGACGUGGAGAAGAAAAGUGGACCCUGGGUUCUAAAGCUUAUCGACUGAAGAUGGAAACAUGGUACAAAUUGCCGGCCAGCACUUGUUUACCACACUUGUCCUAUAUAUUACUUAAUAAUAUUGACUUAAUAAUACGCUACUUUAAAUAAAAAGGGUUCGUGCUAAAUCCCGUUAAUAUAAUAUGUUAGUUAUAAAAAGUAAGGUAAACUAGGUUUGAAUUUACAUAUUACCUAGUAUGAUAUGAGAUAUGCAAGUCUAACCCCCUUCGACCUUUGGUUGUAUUUUUACUCAUUAUUUGAGACUAUGUUGUUCGUCUUCAUUCCAUGUUAAAAUAAUAAACAUCAUAGAAUAAAAUCGAUGAAUUUAUACAAAUAAAUAUAUUACGACAAAUCACACAGAUUGAGCUAGCCCCAAAGUAAGUUCGAGACUUGUGUUAUGGGAUACUAACUCAACGAUACUAUAUUUUAUAACAAAUACAUAUAUAGAUAAACAUCCAAGACCCGGGCCAAAUGGGGGGUGAAUAUUGAUUGAAGUACCAAAGUAAAUUUUUAACAAGAAUUAAAAUCCAUAUUUGGUCCAAAUUAAAUAUGCCAAGUAAACAUCGCAGUUAAGUUCACAAUAAUAAACUACCUAAUACUGUCGUUCUUAAUAACGAGUCAAAAUAGGCGUAAAAUGCAAAAACCUUUUUGUAAUACUUACAGGUAAUUAGAAAUUAGAAUUAUUAAAAUUAAUCUAUAAUUAAUAUUCGUUGUCAGUUUUAGUUUCAUGAUACUGUUGUGUGCAAGAACAAUGAUCCAUUAAACUUUCUGUCAGAGUUGGAGUAGUAGCGUAUUGACUGUCAAAUGAUUUAUUUAUUUAUGCAGUUAUACAUUUUUUCCUUACACAAUAUAAUAGCUGUUCUCAUUUUA